UUUCUGUCUGACCGCACGUUGCUCCGCUCGGGUUUAAUUCAGAUCACUCGGCGUCUGAAGAGGAAACAGCCAUGUGGAUGUACGUAUUGGGUUUGGUGGUCCUGUAUUACGUGGUGCGCUGGUUCCGUGAGCUGGAGAGAGUUCCGGACAGAGGGAGCAAGUACGUUUACAUCACUGGCUGUGACACCGGCUUCGGGAACCUCCUUGCACGCCAUCUGGACACGUGCGGAUUCUGUGUGGUGGCAGCAUGCUUUACAGAGAAGGGCGAAGAGGAGCUGAAAAAGCUGUGCUCAAGCAGAAUGUCAACUGUCCAUCUGGAUGUCACGAAGAAGGAAUCUAUUGACAAGGUCGCGGCAUUCAUCAAGCAGCUAGUGGGGCAGAAAGGUCUGUGGGCGGUGGUCAAUAACGCGGGGAUCUCUGUCCCCUCGGCUCCCUGUGACUGGUUGACUCUGGAAGACUAUAAAGUCAUGCUGGCUGUCAACUUGGAAGGAGUCAUCGGUGUGACCCUGAGCGUCCUUCCUCUCAUCAAGAAAGCCAGGGGACGUGUGGUUAACGUCGCCAGCGUGUUCGGCAGGGUCAGUCCAAUGGGAGGACCCUACUGUGUGUCCAAAUAUGGUGUGGAAUCAUUUAACGACAGCCUCAGGAUAGGUAUGAAACCAUUCGGCGUAAAAGUCCUGUGUAUUGAGCCAGGUUUCUUCAAGACCACUGUAACAGACGGUGAUCUGAUAAUCAAGAAUACUAAAAUUCUUUGGGAAAGAUUGCCAAAGGAAACAAAAGAUGACUAUGGAGACAAUUUUAUAAGCAAAGUGGAAACAUUGUUGAGAGAGAAGAUAUCGAAGAUGGCAGAUGGUGACUUGAUGAAGGUUGUGAGCUGCAUGGAGCAUGCCGUGUCAGCCGUGCGUCCUCGCACCCGUUACUCCCCUGGCUGGGAUGCGAAAUUUUUCUGGCUGCCAAUCUCUUAUUGCCCCUCCUUCAUUUCUGACUACUUUUUUCUUAAAGACUCUGUCAAACCUGCCAAAGCGGUGGUUUAGACUGAUGCUGUGAACUAAAUCAAAGUCCGUUAUUUGAAAAAUAAAGUAUUUAGAUGUUCAUUUAGUUUUGCGCUCUAGGAGGGAUGGACAAAUGAGUAGUCGGGGCCUCGGGGACACAGAUUUAUACAUCCAGGAAAAUAAAAAACAUAACUAUUGGAAACAUAACUUUUUAGGAGGAAGAACAAAUAAUUUGAUAUGUAGAUCUGUUUGCAGUGAUGCAACUUAGGAUCUGGUGUUAAAAGGUAUAACAGGUAUGUGGAAAAAAAAAACCCAAGCAGGAAAAAGUUCUUUCAGGCAAAAGAUAUCCAUCAUAUGUAGAUUGAUGUUUCCAAAGUAUUAUUGAGCAAUGGUGUAUCCCAACCCACAUACAUUAGCUCAUAAUGUGUUAUGUUAUUGUCUAGUGUGGUUACAAAACAUUGGGGAAAAAACAUGGGAAAAGAAGACAUUGCUAAUGAGAUGAUUUGUCCGCCCCUGCCUAGAAUGCUUACUAAUGAGCCUAUAGGAAUCAGUUUUACCAUUUCAUUAAACAUACUGUAUAAGAGAUGUAUCAUAUAGUGAUAUCACUUUAAAUAAAACUGAAAAAAUCAUA